AUGGAAAGCGAAGAGGCAAAGAUUCCAAUAUCAAUAGCUGAUGAGCAAAUAGCUAUUAAAAACCACGACUAUGAUCAGGCCGAAGCUAUUUAUCAAGCGCGACUUGAAACUGAAAGGCAAGAUUUUGAUGAUGAUACAAAUAAUAUAUUAGACUCAGUGGACCAGGCCAAAAUUAUGAAUUCAUCAAAGUGCAUACAAGAAAUGGAAAAAUCAACCAGAAAUCUCGAAAAUGGACGCGAUAUUUUAACGUCAAGUUUAGCCGAAGAACUUGAAAAGCUCGCAGGCAAACAAAAAGAAGAACUCGAAACUCUUAAAAGCAACUGGAGAUCAGAUCGCGAACAGGCAAUAAACAGAGCUGUUGAGAGAGCAGAUAAUAUGAUUCUUUCCUCUCAAGAGCUUGCUGCUGUUCACUGCUAUGAAGCUGCAAAAGAUCUUUUAGCCCAAGGUACAGAAAUUAAAGAAAACCCAACUGCAACGAAAGAAGUUUCAGAAAUUGAUGAACAUUACCGCCGUUUAA